UUCCCGUGCCUAGCCAGGCGUGGUUAGUCUUAAUUCAAGUUGGGAGGCGGAUCUUGAGUGAUCACAUGACGGACAAAAGUACACAUGGUGGAGGAGUUAAGCCUUGAGCUGAGCAAAAUGUCUUGCCUGGAAGAAGACGAAAUCGCGUCCCCGGACGAUGAAGAUGAAGGGGAAUAUGAAUCGGUUGAAGAAAACGAGAACGAAGAGGUGAGAGAAGAAUUUCCAGAGUCUGUUCUCUCAUAUUUUAAUCUUAUAAAGAGAAGAAGUGAAGAUACAGAGACAUUGAUUUUGCAAGAUUUGGAGGCAGAUAACACCUGGCUAAGUCAUGGCUCUAAAAUGGAAACAGACUAUGAUUCGAUUUAUUUGGCUGAAUUGGCUUCUGAGUAUGGGGAAGAAGCUGAAUCCCUGAAAAAAAGGGUAUUGGCUGCAAUUGAAGAAGAUGAAGAAAAAGAAAAAUCCUACUGUGCUGCACAGAAAUAUGAAAAUAACUCUGACAAUGGAGUCUGCCAGGGGGAUGUGGUGGCAGAAAAAUUGGAAUGUGAGGAUAUCAAUUUAAACCUUGGGUAUACUGAAACGGAAGAAAGGUGUAGACAAACUCUUCUGCAGUGGGAGAAAGAGGAGAACACUCACAUUGAAAUAAGAAGAAACAUGCUUGCUGCUCAGAAAGAAAUGUUACAUAAACAAAUCCAGGAGCAAGAUAAAAGGAUUGAAAACUGGAAAAUUGAAUUUGAAAGGGAAAGUUUAUUAUUACAUGCUUUUCACGAUGAGCAACAGGAGAAACUCCGUGAGGUUGAAAUAAAAAAUCAAAAUGAAUUGACAGAAGAAAUGAAACAACAUGAGGACUUUAUUAACAAAAUGCAGGAUGAUUUUGAGAAAGAGAAAAAUAUAUAUGAAGAGCAGAAAGCAAGAGCCCAGAGGCAUUUAGAAGACCUACGCAAUAAAUCUGCUGUGAAAAUCCAGGCAGUGUUCAGAGCUCAUCUGAUAUACAAAAUGUACGCACCUGUAUUAAAAUACAAGAAACAGGAGCGAAAACAGAAAAAAGAACAGCAGUUAAAAUUGGAAAAGGAGAAAAAGGAAAUGGAACAGAAAAUAAGACUCAAACUUAAGGAGAAAGGACAAAAAGAGAUAGAAAGAAAAGAGAAACAUGAAUAUCAGCAAAGAAUAGUGGAAGAAAUGGAAAUACAGGAAUCCUUGAAACAGAAACUAAGGCAGAAAGAAUAUGAAAAUAAGAAGAAAGAAGAAAAACAGAGACUAGAAAAAGUAAAACUGCUUGCAAAACUUGAGUUAAAAAGAAAAAAGACAGAUGAAAAUAAUGCAGACAUGAAUGAAACAUGUACCGAUCAAGAUAAAGAGGGUGCAGUUAAGCACACAAAAGGAAGUCAUUUCAUGCACCAAGACAAGAAAGGCACACAUGUAAAAGAAGUGGUUGGGGAAGCUGACAAAGACAUCCAAAAUAGUGAAAGUAUGCCAAUUACUCCAGUGACCGAUAUACCUGGAAAUAAACUGGGAAUAGGAAAUACAUACUUACCCCAGAGCAUAACUUUAAAAUCAAAGACUAUUCAUGCAAAUGGAAGUGUAGUGGAAAAGGUGUCAUAUCUUUAUCAAGAGUCUACAGAAGAGCCUACAGAAGAACUGCUGAUGUUGCCAGAUGAACAAUCUAAUUCCCUUGCUGGUGAUAAAGUAUUGUCAUUAGAGAUGAGUAGAGAUAAUAGAGCACAGUGUCUCAAUGUGCAUUCAGAUAAAAAUCCAGAAGAUGAUAAUUAUCAGAUGUCUAUGUCAAAUCAGCAGAAGGAAGUUCUGAUGCUUGUGGAAAGUACUGCCAAAAGUGAUCUUAGAGAACCAAAAAGUACAAUGCAUAAACAAAGUGAGAAUUUUCCAUUGCCACCUUCAGCUAGAUCCCUAGUUUUAACAGAUCACAUUGAGCAAAAGCGACUUCAGUGGAUGAAAACCUGCAAACCAUGGUCAAAGACUUUGAGGGAGAGUAAUAAAAACAGCAACAUUAAAAAGACAAAACAACGGAAAAGCUUUAUGAUAAAGAAGCUACCUCCAAUAAACGAAGAUCUCAUCCUUAAUAAUAGUCCAUGGCAUGACUUAAAACAGGUCACAACCGUUACACUCCAAGAUUUACCUGGCUGCAGUCUUACUACUUUAUCCAAAUGUGCAAAACUCAAGUAUUUGUCUCUCAGGCGUUGUGGAUUAACUGCUCUUGAAGGCAUAAGAGACUUAAAAGAUUUACGCUACAUUGAUGCCCAGCAAAAUUCCAUUCAAGUUGUACAGUGUGAAGAUUUGGAAAACCUCUGUGUACUUUUGCUGAGCAAAAACCAAAUAACAUCCAUUCAUGGAGUAGACAAUUGUAAUAAUCUAAGGAGCCUUGAAUUAUCAUACAACUCAAUAACCCGAAUUGGUGACUUAGAAUCUCUGAAGAAUCUUCAAAGGCUCACUUUGGAUCACAAUCAACUAAUUAGCACCAAAGGUCUGGAGGCUGUUAGUGGGCUGCUGUAUUUGGACUUUUCUUAUAACCAUCUCACUGAACUUGAAGGCAUUCAGAAUUGUGGCCUUUUACAGAUUCUAAAAUUACAAGGAAAUAAUCUCUGUGAGCCCCCUAAACUGGAUAAUCAUGUUCUGCUGCAAGAAUUGUACCUUGAUGAUAACAGCAUAUCAACAAUUCAAGCAAUGUCAUCUUAUUGGUUGCCACUAUUGCAGACUCUUUCAAUACCUCAGAACAGCUUAAUACACCUCACACCAUUAAAUUCAUUCAUUUCUUUGGAAGAAUUAGAUAUAAGCAGCAACUGUGUAUCAGACUUGCAAAGCACAAUCUUGUGGCUUGAAGGCUGUGGAGCUUUAAGAAAACUUGAUGUAAGAAAAAAUCCACUUGUGCAAGAUACUAACUGGCGGUGCUCGCUAUUAAAAAUUUUACCUGGCUUGAGGUGGCUUAAUGAAGAAAACAUACAGGGGAUAGAUAAAGUCUAUGUAUCCCACACAGGAAAUUUCUUUAGCUUCUGCCAAGAGCAGACCAGCACUUUCAGCAAACUUUGGGAGAAAUUAAACUCAAAUGGAAUCUGUUCAUCUCUAGAUGGGUUAGAAAUCUAUUGUGAUUGUAUGAAGAAACUGUUGAAAGUUAGUAAUGAAUAUAGGUAUGCACAUGAGUAUGGUGACACAGAGAUUGCCAAGGGAGAAGAUUCAGGCUUGAAUUGGAAUCAAAACAGACACCUUGUCAGUAGUUCAAGUGAUAAUAAACAGGAUCCUCCAACAAGACUGAUCACCUCUAAACAAACUCACUCCUUGCUGGGUAACUCCUCUGCAGAUCAUGAAACAGUAGAUGCAGGAAAAAAUGUUGGACAAGUUACCAUGAAUACAAAGGUCACAGGGAAUCUAAAUGUCAUUAGACCUGCCAGAAAUGAAAGACAACAUUCUUCAAAAGGCACUUUAGGUGUAGAAAACAAUAAACAUUCUGCUGCCAUUGUCAUUCAGCGUUAUUGGAGAGGAUAUAUGGUGCGCAGAGAUAUCCAUUACUAUACUAGACUUCACGAGGCUGCCUCAGUGAUACAAACAGCAUGGCAUUCUUACUAUGCACAAAAAAAAAUGUUGCAUAGGAAAAUACAAGGAAAGCCCCAGAUGGCAGCGAUUCAGCAUACAUCUGCCACUCGCAUACAGGCGGCUUGGAAAGGGUUCUACUUAAGAAAAAAAUUGGCUGCUGCUUUAGCAGCUAUUGAAACAGAUGAACUGGAGGAUGAUUUUGAGGAAGUGAAUUUGGAUGAAUUUGCAUUUGAUGAAAGUGCUUUGGAGAGGGAGUGGACACUGGCCUCUUCUCGGUUCUCUCCUGAAACACAUCAUCACUCAAGCAAACCAGAGCAAGCAAAGAUUCCUAUGACAUAUUCCGACUCCGAAAGAAAGAAACACGUGAUGCCAUGGCCUCCACAUCAGGCUUGGCAGUGCAAUGAAACAGAAAGAAAAGGCCAGCAGUGUCAGUAUGAAAGAGCAAAUACAGAGAGCAGGUUGGAGAAACAAACGCUGUCACAUACGUCUAGCAUGAAGUCUAACACUGACAUUUCCUCUAAGUCUGAAAAAGAAGAAAAAAUUUCACAGGAGUGGGGUUUUAAAAAUUCAUCAACUGCACAGUUAAUGCUGAAGAGAGCUCAAAAAAUGAAAUCCAAACAAGCAAGGAAUAGAAAGUUGUUAGACCCAGCUGUGCGCCUGGCCUUGUUCAAAAACAAUGAAAAUAAACACCUUCCCAUGAAGCCACCAAAGAAGAUACAGCAAAUAAAAGAAGAAUAUUUUCAAGGUGGUGUAGAGGAAUUAUUUCAUCUAAAUGAAGGGCCUUCAGAAGCAUUUGAGUCCAGCAAAGAGUUCACUUAUCAGUGGCUUCACACACAAUGCGGAGACUUUGAAGUAACUAGUUCAAGAAUUGGUAAAAGUAAACCUUUCUUGCCUGAAUUGAAUCACGAUGUUUUGAAUGGUGGACGUGUUCAGCUUGUGGCUAAUGGCGUAAGCAAAGAAGCUCUCGAUUUGGAUCUGAUUUCUGUGAAAUCUGGAAGUACUUUAACUCGGACCAGAAAAAAUGGCACACAGAGACAAUAUUCUGCAGGAUCAUCCAACAGAGAAGUCAUUACACCUAUCAAGACAGGUUCAGGACCUCAUAAAAAAGAGAGGAUUUCUUUUCGAGACAGCCCAGUGCAGUUGAGCGGUGGAUGGGGUCGAGGAAAGAAGAAAGAGAAAAAUGGGUAGUCAUAUUUGAGAAUAUGAAAAUGAAAACUCAAUUAAUGCAUUUUAGGUUUUGCAGAUAUAGCGCUUAUUUAAAUAAAAUGUUAGAUUAUCAGCAUUUUGCUAUAUUAAAAUGUUGACUCUUGCGUGUCAGACACUGUAACAUGUAAUACACAUUGGUUAAUUUUUGUUUUAAAAAAUAUACUAUUUAUUUCUUA